GAGAGGGAGGUCCCGCUGCCCGUCCGGAUCCCGCGGCUCUAGCCUCCACCUAGCUUUCCUCUCCUCUUCAUCUUCCAACCGUAGCCACCACCGCAGCCGCCACUCAUGUGAGCGGACAAGAGCAGAAUCAGCAAUGGGGUGUGUUAAAAGUAAGGAAGACAAAGAUCCAGCUAUGAAAUAUGGAACCGAAAGCAAUUCAGAGCCUAUUAGUAUAAAUGUUGGUCAUUUUGGAUCAGAACUUACCUUAGGGUGCCAGUCAUCUUCAGUAAAGGGAUCAACUGUUAAUUUUUCCAGUCAUUCCAUGGCACCAUUUGGAGGUUCAGCAGGAAUGACACCUUUUGGAGGUGCUACUUCUGCCUUUUCAUCUAUGCCAAGUCCACAUUCUACUGGUCUAACAGGUGGUGUUACUAUAUUUGUGGCCUUAUAUGAUUAUGAAGCUAGAACUACAGAAGAUCUUUCUUUUAAGAAGAGUGAAAGAUUUCAAAUAAUUAAUAAUACGGAAGGAGACUGGUGGGAAGCAAGAUCUAUAGCUACAGGAAAGACAGGAUAUAUCCCUAGCAAUUAUGUAGCUCCUGCCGACUCCAUUCAGGCAGAAGAAUGGUAUUUUGGCAAAAUGGGCAGAAAAGAUGCUGAGAGACUACUUCUAAAUCCUGGGAACCAACGAGGUAUCUUCUUAGUAAGAGAAAGUGAAACCACCAAAGGUGCUUUUUCCCUUUCUAUUCGUGACUGGGAUGAGAUAAGGGGUGACAAUGUUAAACACUACAAAAUUCGGAAACUUGACAAUGGUGGAUAUUAUAUCACAACCAGAGCACAAUUUGAUACUUUACAAAAACUAGUCAAACACUACACAGAACAUGCUGAUGGCUUGUGCCAUAAGUUAACAACUGUGUGUCCUACUGUGAAACCUCAGACUCAAGGUUUGGCAAAAGAUGCUUGGGAAAUUCCUCGAGAAUCGUUACGUCUAGAAGUUAAGCUAGGACAAGGAUGUUUUGGUGAAGUAUGGAUGGGAACGUGGAAUGGGACGACAAAGGUAGCAAUCAAAACACUAAAGCCUGGUACAAUGAUGCCAGAAGCUUUUCUUCAGGAAGCUCAGAUCAUGAAGAAACUAAGACAUGACAAACUUGUUCCGUUAUAUGCUGUUGUUUCUGAGGAACCAAUUUAUAUUGUCACUGAAUUUAUGUCAAAAGGAAGCUUAUUAGAUUUCCUUAAGGAAGGAGAUGGAAAGCAUUUGAAGCUCCCACAACUGGUCGAUAUGGCAGCACAGAUUGCUGAUGGUAUGGCAUAUAUUGAAAGAAUGAACUAUAUCCACCGAGAUCUUCGAGCAGCUAACAUCCUUGUAGGAGAUAAUCUUGUUUGUAAAAUAGCAGAUUUUGGAUUAGCCAGGCUAAUUGAAGAUAAUGAAUACACUGCAAGACAAGGAGCCAAAUUUCCAAUCAAGUGGACAGCUCCUGAGGCUGCAUUAUAUGGUCGUUUCACAAUUAAAUCUGAUGUUUGGUCAUUUGGAAUUCUACUAACAGAACUUGUAACAAAGGGUAGAGUGCCAUAUCCAGGGAUGGUAAAUCGUGAAGUCUUGGAACAGGUAGAACGGGGAUACAGGAUGCCUUGUCCUCAGGGCUGCCCAGAAUCUCUCCAUGAGCUGAUGAACCUUUGUUGGAAGAAGGAUCCUGAUGAAAGACCAACAUUUGAAUAUAUUCAGUCCUUCUUAGAAGACUACUUUACUGCUACAGAACCACAGUACCAGCCAGGUGACAAUUUAUAA